CAACGAGUUCGCGUGAAAAGAUGCGUCUUUGUCGUAACGAUAACGGCAGUGUUCGUUCUGUUCCUAAAUCCAGUGACAUACAGCCCGACCAGCUUCACUCAAUUGACCGAUGGGAGUAAAUCAGAGCACAAAGCAAAGUCAUCUCUACUUGAUCAGGGGGCCAACCUCACCGUCUGUGGUGAGACCAAUGGCACAACUCGGCCCGUGGACUCAGCAGAGACAAAGAAGGUUCCAAGAAACAUUAUACUGUGGACGGCCUGGAGGAGCGGCUCAACAUACUUGGGUGAACUGCUGGCUAAUGCUCUGCCCAACACAUUUUACAGCACGGAGCCCCUACUUUGGUGGAAUGUUAAAAUCCUCCACGAGAACAACAGCGAAACCGUCAACGCCAGGCGCUUCCUGCGGGGACUCCUGACCUGUAAUGUCGCUUCAUCUUUCGACAAACAAGUUAAAUAUCUGAGCCAGCAGCCUUUCUACAUGAUGUACAAUGCCUAUCUCUCCAAAAACUGCAAGAAAACCUCAUUAUGUGCUAAAACGGCUUUCAUAAACGAAGUUUGUAAGCGGGCAAAUAUCCACACCAUUAAGCUUCUACGAUUAUCCCUGAAGUGGGCGUGGCCUCUGCUGCAGGAUGACGACCUUGACCUCCGAAUUAUCUACUUGGCUCGUGACCCACGGGCUGUUCUAGAGUCCCGUUCCAAAGUCAACUGGUGCCAUGAUAAGACCUGCAAAGAUCCAAAGACAGUUUGCAAGUUACUUGAUGAUGAUCUUCAGGAAGCCAAGAAAAUGAUGCAACAGUUUCCGGAAAAAUUCAAAUUCAUCCAAUACGAGAAGGUGAGCGACGACCUGGUGAACAGCCUCAAGGAUAUCAUGGCCUUCGCGGGACUUGGAGUGACUGAUCGUCAGAUGAAGAUCAUUGGCAGAAAGAAGGGGAAUCCCAACGAGCCUUUUAUCACGAGGAAGAACUCUAGAAACCAAGUCAAUAGAUGGCGCAAGAAGGCAGACUUCCGUCAGAUCUGGACAUUUCAGAGGGAAUGUCUGAAGCCCCUCUCUCAAUUAGGUCUUCGAAUCUUCAGUUCAAAAACGGAACUUGUAGAUGUAUCAUUACCCCUGGUGGUGUCGGGAGACAAACUUUGAUCAAGUAUUUAGAAUAGGAUAGAUUGUUCCACUUGAAAUCGGAUUUUUUUUCUAUUGUCCUUUAGCACACCAGUAAAAGAGGGCUUCAUUCGCAUUAUCAUAAUUUAAAUCUCCCUAGCAGCACGACGCCAUUAAAUAAAAAUGAUCAGAGUAUAACUGAAAUAAAUUUUGCCAGCAGAACAACACCGUUAUAACAGUUAGAGAGCUGCAGUCCACAUGAAUGUUUUCAGUGCUGGCUACUCUUAUCCUUUCAAUGCCUAAUCACUUGCAGCCCACGUCACUAUGAAUGAAGAAAGGUGCUUCACUAACAACACCAACAAAACUGUCAUCAAACGAGAGCAGAACAUUUCAAGUGCCCAGAAUCAACCAAAGAUGAAAUUCCUACCUACUGGUACUAAGCCUCAAAGGCAACACACCAAAUGUGUCUAAUGACAUCGCGCGCACAAAGAUUAUACCUACAUUUAAAAUCCAGUAGUAAUGAUUUCACGAAAGUUUUUUAAGCUCAUGCAUAUGCGCUUUUUUCCGUCAAAUUUCCCAAAUGAUGAAAAAUAAAAGGCGGUCCUUUAAAGCUAUCCCUGAUGCUUUUUCAUAUGUAAUAAAUAAACACAUUUCCCUAGUUAUUUCUGCAAAUCAGAAUGUGCAUUGGUACCGAGACAACUUCUUUUCAUAAAAAAUGAGCAAUAAUUAUGAUCUACUUCACUUCCUAUUUUGACCAACCAAGUUUGUGAUCCCUUGACUGUCAAGUUAUACUUUGUAAUCCCUUCCAAGUGAUGAAACCUCAUAUGCCGCUGCUGCUGCUGCUGCUGCUAAUAAUAAUAAUAAUAAUAAUAAUAAUAAUAAUAAUAAUAAUAAUAAUAAU